GAAUGAGAUUAUGAUGGAAUCGAAAGCUGGUAAUAACAAGUCUAAAAGUUCCUUAUUUUACGAAGCCCCCCUCGGUUACAGCAUUGAAGACGUUCGUCCCUUUGGUGGAAUCAAGAAAUUCAAAUCUUCUGUCUACUCUAACUGCUCUAAGAGGCCAUCCUAGUCAACUCGGACAGCCCUCGUAGUUUAACUUGCUUUCUAGUUUCAAUCUCUUUCAAGAAGAUCUUUUCCUCUCACAAAAAAAAAAGCGAGAAGACAAUGUCAGUCUCUUCAAUAGGGUUCGAAGGCUACGAGAAGCGCCUUGAAGUAUCUUUCUUUGAGCCAAGUAUCUUCCUCGACACGCAAGGGUUAGGUCUCCGUGCCCUAGCCAAGUCUCAAAUCGACGAGAUCCUCCAACCAGCUGAAUGCACCAUCGUUUCAUCACUCUCCAACGAUCAGCUAGACUCUUACGUCCUCUCCGAGUCAAGCCUCUUUAUCUUCCCUUACAAGAUCAUCAUCAAGACUUGUGGGACGACAAAGCUCCUCCUCUCUAUCGAACCACUCUUGAGGUUAGCUGAAGAGCUCUCUCUUGACGUCGAGUCUGUUAGGUACACUCGUGGGAGCUUCCUAUGCCCUGGAGGCCAGCCUUUCCCUCACCGCAACUUCUCUGAAGAAGUUUCUGUCCUCGAUGCUCACUUCACCAAGCUAGGCUUGAGCAGUGUCGCGUACUUGAUGGGUGAUGAUGAUGAAACCAAGAAAUGGCACGUUUACUCUGCUUCUUCUCCUGCCAAGAGCUCAAACAACAACAAGAAUGUAUACACGUUAGAGAUGUGUAUGACUGGUUUGGACAAAGACAAGGCAUCUAUGUUCUACAAGAACGAAUCAAGUUCCAUGACUGAUACCUCUGGCAUCAGAAAGAUACUUCCUCAAUCCCAAAUCUGCGACUUUGAGUUCGAGCCAUGCGGUUACUCUAUGAACAGCGUGGAAGGUGAGGCCAUCUCCACCAUCCACGUAACCCCUGAAGACGGGUUCAGCUACGCAAGCUUUGAGGCAGUGGGGUACGAUUUCGAAACCAUGGACUUGAGCUAUCUUGUCUCGAAGGUUCUAACGUGUUUUAAGCCAAAGCAAUUCUCAGUAGCCAUACACUCUAGCAUCGCAAAGACGAGUUACUACAAAGGUCUAUGUGUAGUAGACCUAGACGGUUAUGGAUGUAGAGAGUCAACUAUGGAGUCUCUAGGUGAAGAGAGAGGGACAAUGAUGUAUCAAAGGUUUGAGAAGCUGGGAAUGUGUUGUGGUUCUCCGAGAUCUACGUUGAAGUGUGAGUGGAGCAGCAACAGUAGUUGCACUAGCGAGGAUGAGAAGGAAGAGGGAACCUAAUUAAAGCUUUUAUUUGUUUUGUUUACUUAUUUUCGAAUAAUGCAAGUCUCUCAUAUGUUUGUGUUGUUAUCCUCCUUAAAACAGCAAGUGUGUCUGGCCUAUGCCUAUGUAAAUUCGGAUGAUCAAAUAUUUAUGAAAUUAUCUAUCAUUAUAACCA